GGAAUGAUGGAGGUCUUUGAGCAAAUUCCCACUGAACGCGAGUUGGUUUUCCAGGCGAAAGUGUUGUGUCGGCACUUCAUGCACUCCAGGAUCACUCGGGAAGGACUGAGCUGGUCCCGGGUGGGAGCCACCCUUCCUGCAGCUCUCACACCUGCAGCUCUGGUGCUCCUCAAGCUGGGUGAUGAACUGGAGAACAUACAGCCACACGUCUAUCGAAACAUCACCAAGCAGCUGAACAUCUCAGUGCUGAUGGAGGCCGUGGUGCUGGAGGCGUUUUUAUUUGUUGCGACUGAAAUUCUCUCCCUCGGGAUCACGUGGGGGAAAGUGGUGGCCAUCUUUGCAGUGGCUGGUGGUCUGGCGGUGGACUGUGUGCGACAGGAGCGUCCGGCUGUAGUGCGUACUAUUGAGGAGACUCUGGGAGAAUUUGUUCGGAAAAGCCUCGUGCCCUGGCUCAGGAGGAGAGGAGGCUGGAGUGACAUUUUGAAGUGUGUGAGGAACGUAGAGAACCGGACUCGAACACGCUGGCUGUCGUCACUCGUACUGGCCUGGAGACACUUUGUGAAGAUGAUCUACAUCUACCUGAUGAAGUAACUGUGAGGAGUUGAGGACAUUUGCACCUCUUUAGCUCUUCAAGUGCACAGAAUGUGGCUGUACUCUGUAUUUUUUACACACACACAUCAAAACUCUGUUAAAA